UUAACACAGUCGCACUCCCUAUCUCUCCCAUCCACAAGGAAACUCGCUCUUGGAUUUAACCAGGCUCUUUUUCUUUUGCACCCUCUCUGAUUAAAAAAAGAUGGUAUUUUCCGUAAAGAUAACAAAUAUAACAUUGUAACCACAUUCUCCCCUUUGCGAUAACUACAUUUGCUACCGGUCCCUCUUCGCAGUUCCAGAUGUUUAACGGGGAGAUGAGGAGCAGCGCAGUGCUCUCCGCAGCGGAGGCACGCAGUGUGAUGCGCAGCUCCAGUAUCAGCGGGGAGAUGUACAACAUGGAGAAGAGCAACGGGAGCCCGCCCGACGCGGCCGGCAUCUCCACCAAUAAGAAGAGGCGCUCCAGCCUGGGUGCCAAGAUGGUGGCCAUCGUGGGGCUGUCCCAGUGGAGCAAGAGCACGCUGCAGCUCAACCAGGCUGAUGGAGGCACAAAGAAGCUCCGCAGCAACAUCCGCAGGAGCACGGAGACGGGCAUCGCCGUGGAGAUGAGGAGCCGAGUCACCCGGCAAGGCAGCAGGGAGUCGACUGACGGCAGCACCAACAGCAAUAGCUCGGAGGGCACGUUCAUAUUCCCUACAACACGCCUGGGAGCGGAGAGCCAGUUCAGUGACUUCCUGGACGGUCUCGGCCCCGCCCAGAUCGUCGGCCGACAGACGUUAGCCACGUAUCCAAUGGGCGAUGUCCAUGUUGGGAUGGUGGACAGGAAUGGACAGCUGGAGGUGGAGGUCAUUCAGGCCCGCGGUCUCACCCCGAAACCAGGCUCCAAAUCAAUUCCAGCUGCCUAUGUCAAGGUGUAUGUGCUGGAGAACGGAGCCUGUCUGGCGAAGAAGAAAACCAAGCUGGCCAAGAAAACCCUGGACCCCGUCUACCAGCAGACUCUUCAGUUUGACGAGAGUCCUCAAGGAAAAGUGUUACAGGUGAUUGUGUGGGGGGAUUACGGCCGGAUGGACCACAAGUGCUUCAUGGGGAUGGCUCAGAUCCUGCUGGAAGAGCUGGACCUGUCCAGCAUGGUGAGUGGCUGGUACAAGCUGUUCCCCACCUCCUCCCUGGCUGACUCCACCAUCGGGCCCCUGACCCGCCGCCUGUCCCAGUCCUCCCUGGAGAGCUCUACCAGCCCCUCCUGCACCUAGAGACCCCCACGGGGGGCCGAAUCGGGGGGGGGGGGGCACUGUGCAGACCACCUCCUCCAGGGGAGGGAGGAUCUCUGCUCAACCAGCGCCAAUCCACAACAGAAACAGUGUGUCUGACUGUAUGUGGCUCUUUUCUCUAUGUUUGUGUCCAUGUAUAUAUAAAGCACAAUGGGUCUCAUCUCAAUCUGAAGCGCAGAACCCAAGGCAACAGAUGCUUUAUAUAUACUGCAUAUAUA